CCUAAUAAUAAUGACAACAACUCAAAAAAAUUCUCUCCCGAGUCCCACCACACUCACACUCACACUCACACAUGCAAAUUGCAAUAUACAUAAUUGAAGCAGACCCUUGUCAACAACCAACUUACAAUAUAUUCUUCAUCGCCUUCUCCUCUUUGCCAAUAUCGUCCUUCUUGACAACCACCCCAUGGAGACUAUAGAAAUGCAACCCCCACGCCAGAAACCCGACCCGACGGUUCCCGACAUGGACGAGGAUGAGCUCUCCCCCAUCGAGGAGGUCCGGCUUACCGUGACCAACACCGACGACCCGACCCUGCCCGUGUGGACCUUCCGAAUGUGGUUCUUGGGCCUGCUCUCAUGUGGGCUCCUCUCCUUCCUCAACCAAUUCUUCGCCUACCGGACCCAGCCCCUUGUAAUAACACAGAUCACCGUCCAAGUAGCCACUCUCCCCAUAGGCCAUUUCAUGGCCCGGACUCUCCCCAAGACCCGGUUCAGACUCCCCGGGUUCGGGGAGAGGAGGUUUUCGGUUAACCCGGGCCCCUUUAACAUAAAAGAGCACGUGCUCAUUUCCAUAUUUGCGAAUGCCGGGAGUGCUUUUGGAUCAGGCUCAGCUUAUGCUGUGGGGAUUGUUACCAUUAUAAAAGCGUUUUAUCGCCGGAGUAUCUCCUUUUGGGCUAGUUGGAUUCUUAUUAUCACCACCCAGGUACUCGGAUACGGUUGGGCUGGGCUUUUGAGGAAGUAUGUGGUGGAGCCCGCUCAUAUGUGGUGGCCCAGCACUCUUGUUCAGGUCUCACUUUUCCGAUAUAUUAAUGGGAGCUUGACCAGAAAAAGACCAAAAGAAAAAAAAAAUGCAGGGUCGGGUGGGACCAUUUCCAAAUAUCACAAUACUAUUGCUCGGAGUCGCUUCACUAUUGAGGCUCUGCAUGAGAAAGACGAGCAGCGGAUGUCACAAGCAAAGUUCUUUCUAAUUGCUCUAAUCUGCAGUUUUUCAUGGUAUGUCUUCCCCGGGUACCUAUUCUCAACACUCACCAACAUCUCGUGGAUUUGCUGGGUAUUCUCAAAGUCGGUCACAGCACAGCAGAUUGGCUCGGGCAUGAGAGGCCUUGGACUGGGAUCUUUCACUCUUGACUGGUCGGCCGUGGCAUCGUUCCUGUUUAGCCCGCUCAUCAGCCCUUUUUUCGCCAUUGUCAAUGUCUUCCUGGGCUAUGUACUGCUUAUUUACGUUGCAAUCCCUAUUGCAUACUGGGGGGUGGACUUGUACGGUGCAAGUAAGUUUCCCAUUUUCUCUUCACACUUGUUCACAGCAAAAGGUCAAACCUAUGACAUAACAGCUAUUGUGAACGACAAGUUCGAGUUGGAUAUAGAAAAGUAUGCGGAGCAAGGACGAAUUCAUUUAAGCACGUUUUUUGCCCUCAGUUAUGGUUUUGGUUUUGCCACCAUUGCCGCCACACUGACGCAUGUGGCAGUCUUCUAUGGAAGGGAGAUCUAUCAGCGUUAUCGCGCUUCUCACAAAGGCAAGGAGGACAUCCAUACAACACUUAUGAGGAGAUACAAGGACAUACCUUCCUGGUGGUUUUACUUGUUGCUUGCUGUGACACUUGCAGUAUCCCUUGCACUUUGCAUCUUUUUGAAUGAUCAGGUUCAGAUGCCGUGGUGGGGACUCCUCUUUGCUGGUGCCAUGGCUUUUAGUUUCACCCUUCCAAUCAGCAUUAUAACUGCCACAACGAACCAGACACCAGGGCUGAACAUAAUAACGGAGUACGUCAUGGGUAUCAUAUUACCAGGAAGGCCAAUUGCCAAUGUAUGUUUCAAAACCUAUGGCUAUAUGAGCAUGGCACAGGCUGUCUCCUUCCUCAGUGACUUCAAGCUAGGGCACUACAUGAAGAUCCCUCCCAGAUCAAUGUUCAUAGUUCAGUUCUUAGGAACGAUUCUCGCUGGAACCAUCAAUCUUGCAGUGGCAUGGUGGUUGCUGACCACUGUGGAGAAUAUAUGCCAGGAUAAUCUCCUUCCCACAAAUAGUCCUUGGACUUGCCCUGGUGACCGAGUCUUUUUUGAUGCAUCUGUCAUAUGGGGGUUAGUGGGACCUAAGCGUAUAUUUGGAUCCCAAGGAAACUAUGCAGCCAUGAAUUGGUUCUUCCUUGGAGGUGCCGUCGGACCGGUUAUCAUUUGGUUACUGCACAAGGCAUUCCCCAAACAAACAUGGAUUCCUCUGAUCAAUCUUCCAGUCCUUCUUGGAGCAACAGCAAUGAUGCCACCAGCAACAUCAUUGAACUUCAAUUCCUGGAUCAUAGUUGGAACUAUCUUCAACUUCUUUGUCUUCCGAUACAGGAAACAAUGGUGGCAAAGGUACAAUUACAUUCUUUCAGCAGCAUUGGAUGCAGGAGUGGCUUUCAUGGCAGUGUUGCUGUACUUUUCAGUGGGUUUGGAGGACAAAAGCUUAACGUGGUGGGGCACAGAUGGUGAGCACUGUGAGUUAGCAACUUGUCCAACAGCUAAAGGCAUAAUAAAGGAUGGUUGUCCCUUAAAGUAAUUUUAUCACACAUUUUUAACUCUAGAAUUGCACAGCACACUUUCAGCAAUAGAAUGUUGGUAUUAUUACCCACACAAACUAGGAUAAAUGUGUCUUAAUAGUUAUAGACUUAUAGUUCGAUUCAUAAUCUCCUAUGUAUUUGUGCAUAAGUUUGGACCUUGUUGUACUUUCAAAAAACAAAUCGUUUGUAAUGUCAAUCGCUCAAGGCACCAGAUUCUUCUUUCUCUC